AUGGCGAAAGAGAGAGAUCCAACCACCAAGGACAAAAACCUCCUCAUCUGUUUCUUCUGGAAUUUCUCUGCCGAGCUCAAGCUCACUCUAAUGGCGUUACUCGUUCUCUGCACUUUAGCCACUCUUCUCCCUUUUAUACCAUCCUCUUUCUCCAUUUCAGCUUCCGAGCUCAGAUUCUGCAUCUCACGAAUCGCCGCUCCAGAUUCCGUCAAUUCCACCUCCUCCCUCGCCGUCUCCGUCGUCCAGAAGCCGGAAUUAGAUAGCAGCGUUACGAAACAGCCGUUUAUUGACAAGCCGUCGUCGGAUAACGGCGAUAUCAAACGGCCGUUAACUGAACAGCCGGUGUUAAAUAACGGCGUUAUCAAACGGUCGUUCACUGGUUACGGCUGGGCAGCUUAUAACUUCGUGUUAAUGAACGCUUACAGAGGCGGCGUUAACACAUUCGCCGUUAUCGGCUUAUCGUCGAAACCACUCCACGUCUACGCCCGUCCGUCUUACCGUUGCGAGUGGGUCCCGGUUAACCAGUCCGAGAACCGGGUUUUAACCGACGGUAACAAAAUCUUAACCGAUUGGGGAUACGGUCGGGUUUACACAACCGUCGUCGUCAACUGCACUUUCCCGGCGACAGUAAACCCUAAAAACUCCGGCGGGACUCUCCUCCUACACGCGACCACCGGAGACGCGGAUCGGAACAUCACCGAUUCAAUCCCAGUCCUCACAGAAACCCCAAGCACCGUCGAUUUCGACCUCUACGACUCCAAUCGCCGCCGGGAAAAAUACGAUUACCUCUACUGCGGCUCGUCGCUGUACGGAAACCUAAGCCCACAGCGAGUGAGGGAAUGGAUAGCUUACCACGCGAGAUUCUUCGGCGACAAGUCUCAUUUCGUUCUUCACGACGCCGGAGGGAUUCAGGAGGAAGUGCUCGAGGUUCUAAAGCCAUGGAUCGAGCUCGGGAGAGUCACGGUUCACGAUAUUAGGGAUCAGGAACGGUUCGAUGGGUAUUAUCAUAAUCAAUUCAUGGUGGUGAAUGAUUGUUUGCAUAGAUACAGAUUUGAGGCCAAGUGGAUCUUCUUCUUCGACGUCGAUGAGUUUAUCUAUGUUCCGCCGAAGAACACUAUCUCGUCAGUGAUGGAAUCUUUGGAGGAAUAUUCUCAAUUCACUAUUGAACAGAUGCCUAUGAGUAGCCAGCUUUGUUUCUCCGGCGAUGGUCUGGCCAGAACUUACAGGAAAUGGGGAUUUGAGAAAUUAGCGUAUAGAGACGUGAAGAAAGUAGCACGACGGGACAGGAAAUACGCGGUCCAACCGCGGAACGUAUACGCGACGGGUGUUCACAUGUCGCAGAAUCUACAAGGGAAGACAUACCACAAAGCGGAAGGCAAAAUCCGAUAUUUUCACUACCACGGUUCGAUCUCGCAGCGCCGUGAGCCUUGCCGCCAUCUUUUCAACGGUACUCGGAUCGUCUUUGAUAACAAUCCUUACGUUCUUGACACCACGAUGCGGGAUAUUGGUCUUGCGGUUAAGACGUUUGAGAUUAGGACGAUUGGUGAUCGGUUGCUUAGGACACGGCAAUAA